GGCGAACAGAGAUUCGAAAAGUGUACCUGAUAAAUGAAAAUUGAUUUUGAUUGUACUCCUUUCAAAACGUUAAAAGUGACAAUUUUCACGUUUUCUUCUAAGGAAUAUUAAAGAUGUGCAAUAAAAGUUUAAUAUCACAAGUUACCUGCUGCAUGGAAGUUCUCUUGGAAAUUCAGAAAAAUGAUCCCAUUGGAGCCGUGAAACCUGCAAAUGAAAAUGAGGCAGUUUUGACUGCUUUUCGAACAAAUACACAUCUAGCUUACAAAAAACUCAGUGGUCUAGAAAACUUGGAAUCGCUUGUUGCACUAUACCUCACUCCUUGUGUGGAUGAAAAUUGUCAAAGCUGUGGAAUAUUGGAAUUCUUUGAAUUGUGUUUAGUCUUGCUGAAGUUGGUCAAUCUUGUACUUCAGCAAGAAAAAGAAGCAGCCUCUUCAGAAUCAAAGCCAAGUGGACUACUCAGCAUAUCCCAACAGUUGACAGUCAGGAAGUGCUUGCAGUUUGUAAUUGCCUUGGGUAUAGUCCCUAACUUACUUCCUAGAGUAGGUAUACCCCAAAGCAAACGAAUGGAGUAUCCCGACAUUUUGACCAAUGUGACUUUUAGUUUUAACCCACUUCAGAAGUAUUUGUUGCUCGAAGUUACUGUUGAAGUCCUUCUGGAUUGUCUAACAUCUGAUGCAUUACAAGGUAUUAUUGUAUUUUACCAUGGAUGUGAUUUGUUGGCUGCUUUGAUGCAAAUUUGCUAUGCACCUGUGAAGAAAAUUGAUGACAAGUCAAAUGAUGAAAACAAAUCAGAACCAGAGAAAAUAUGUAAAGAAUUAAAUCUUGUGGAGAAAUUAUCUUUAAUAAAGGAUGCAUCACCAUUUCAAGAGCAAUGGCUCAUUAUGAAAAUGCUAGAAAACAAGUCAUUUUUCAAACCUUGUUUGGAGAAGUUAAUGAAAGAAAUGUGCCCUUCUCUUCUGAUGUUUUACUUAUUAAUGUUCCAUGGAAUUUCAAGAAAUUCAAAUAAAGUCUUAAGGGCUCCUGCUUGGUUUCAAAGGGAAUGUAAUUUACGUCUCACAAAGCUACUUUUGAAAAAAAAUGGUAUUGCUACGUUAGUGGAAGCUGUACUAAAUCAAACUUGUGAUAUGGAUGUUCCUGAUAUAACUACUUAUCACACAGAAAGAUUAAAUGGAUUGGCAAGAGUAAUCAUCUUAAAUCCAGUUGAACAGAUCAACCAACCAACGAAAGAGUCAGAACAACAGUCCAGUCCUAAGCAACUGAUCAAUGAACCUUAUAUGAAAGAGCUAUCCAAGCAGGUCCUUGAAUUAUUGUGCAUAAAAAACAAUCCUCUACAGCAAAAAGUAUUGAAUUUUGUAGCAUCUAGUAUAAUUCUUCAGGUUAGUGACUAUGACCCAAAGCUAGCAAUGGAAUGCUUCUGGGAUGCUAUUUUGAAGCCACUUGAACUAUGGACUGGAAGUGAUGCUGAUGUCAUUGUUGAAGAAAGAGACUUAAAUAUUUGCAUUGACAAUCUGAGUGCUAUAUUUAUUUCUGGAGAUUUUGCUCUGAGCCAACCUCAUAUAAAGAUUUUGUGGCCUUAUUUCCAAACUCUUUUCCACCUAGUGAAUCUCAUAAAUAAUGUAUCAUAUCUAAAGACCCAAGUAAAGAAUUUGUUGUGCAAAAUUCUGACUUCAGUUGAUGAUGAGAAAGCUCUUUCCUUCCUCCAGGAAGUGUCUUUUCCAGCUGAAAGUUGUCCAGGUAUCAAUGUCAGCUUUCUCCUUGCUGAGGAAGGAGAUGUGAAAGAAGUCGCCAAAGUUGAAGAAGAUGUUUUCCUUAUACAGACCAGAUGUCACUGUAUUUUUGAUCUACUGAAUGAAAUUCAGAACAAAAACUUGAACAGUUCCUAUUUACUUUUUAUUUUGAAAGAGUUUUGCACCUUUCAUAAAAAUGUGAAGGAAGGGAAAGAUGAAAUAUAUGAUGAGAAAUAUCGAAUCACCCUUGCAUUGCUCUCCCAAGAAAUAACAGCUUGGGAAGCAGAUUUAGGAGAAGCUUUUUUGUCUAAUGUUCCUGAAGUCAUUGAGUCUCUUAUGAUCUUGCUGGAAAAUUCUCACGCUGAUGAUGAAAAAAAUGCAUAUUUGGGAGAAGACAUCAUUAUGACAGUUCUAAUGUUUCUAAAUUCUCUUCUAAUGAUUGAUGAUAAACUGACUCCAGAUGAUUGGGCAGCUCUUCAGAAAUGUGUUCCAGGGUUGCAAAGACUUCACGAUUGUAACAUUGAGCCUUACCUGAAAGCAGUAAUAUUCAAUAUUCUUGCAUAUGUUGCAACUCAUGGUGCAGGAGCAACAAGUGAAUGUUAUGCUGAAAUAAUCAAAGAUGUGUGUUCAAAAUACAACUCUGAGUCUGCAAAAGUGUUAGGUGAACAUUCUAAAACAGAGUGUAACUCCAAUGAAGAAACUUCAUGCAAUGACAUAGAAUCUUCAGAAAGCAAAGACUUAAAGCAAUCAUCAAAUAAAAGCUGCCAAGCAAGUGAUGUGCAACCACGUGAGUGUAAUUCACCUUGCAAAUCUAAAACAAAACCCUCCCGGUCUGGUAAAAAAGGUGGAAAAUCAAAAGCUAAAGCUCAAAAGUCUACUGAGUUUCAGUCUGUAAUGAUUGACAUAGAAGAUGAUUGCAUUCCUACAAGAGGUCAUGGUAUUCUAUCACUUGGAAAACUGCUUUCCAAAAAAGAUGAAGAAACAUUAUCUCACAAGGAAGAAAUUUUAAAUUUAUUACAGGAAAAUUUAGAGCAUAAAGAUUCUUACAUCUAUUUAUCAGCCAUCCAAACACUUUCCAUUCUUGCUCAAAUUGAUACAGAUUUGGUACUUCCUGUUGCUUUAAAGUGCUUGUUACAUCCCGAAGAAAAAUCCAGUGACUAUAUCAUAAAAAUGGGAGAGGUUCUUGUUAAAAUCUGUCGCAUGUUGGGUGAUUUAACUUUCAAAUAUAGGGAGCAGUUAUUGCAUGCAUAUUUAGUAGGAGCAAAAAGCGCAGAUCCAAAUGUACGAUCUUCCAGUCUUUCAAACUUGGGUGAAGCAUGUUUUCACUUAAAAUUUAACAUUGAAGGCCACUGGCUGCAAGAGAUUUUAGUUUGCGUGCAAUCCUUAUUGAUAACUGAUCGAGAUUUGGAAGUACGUCGAUGUGCAGUAAUGGUUAUUUAUUUGUUACUUCGAGGAGUAGGAAAAGACAUACUACAGGUUUUAGAAAGUAAUAUAAAAGGCAUUUACAUGCAGUUAAAGGUAAUAUACUGCACAGCAGAUGAUGAUGUUUUGCGACUACAUUCCCAGAUGGCGUUGGAAGAAAUCAACAGCAUUAUGAGGCAUAUUUUGACUGCAAAACUUCCGUUGUUGAAAGAAAUUCGUAUCUUAUAGUGAUUUCUUUAGAUGUAAUCAUUCAUAACAUCUGGCCAGAACUUGUUGUCACUAAUUCAUAAUAAAUAUUUUUUUAAGUAA